AUGGCGACACUUCUAUACCUGAUGAUGCGCCCCUUGUGGAACGGCCAGAAACGAAAGGUCGCACAGCCAGGGUACACCUGUAAAUAUGAUGCUGAAGAUUACACCAACGACAGCUUUUCAGACUAUUUCGAUGACAAACAGCACGAAGAAAAAUCCCAGCAGCACAACAAGACCGGAAAAGACGAGCAAGGUCGUGACAGGGACGAUAUUCAACAGGAUUCUCAACAAAAUUCUCAAGACGCCCAAGGUGCUCAGGACGAUUCUCAGGACGAUGAUCAGGAGGAUACUCAACAAGUCGCUCAAGUCGCUCAGCAAGAUGCCCAACACGAUGCUCAACAAGACACUGAGAUAGUCGACGACGACUGCGUCGAAAUCACGAUUUCUAUUAGUUUAAGAGGCAAAGGAUAUAUUCCUACUGAACACACGCAUCAAGUUUGCUUGAUUCCACGUCCUAUCAUUGAACCGACACAGGCUUCUGUUUGUGCAGCUGUGAUGGACACUACCAAUAUCGAAAGCACAGAGACCCUUUUGGAAUUCGAGGGAGAGGACCCCUCUAGGUCACAACUUGAGCGAGCGUUAUCCCAUGGAUGA